GCGGAGGCGGCGGGAGCUCCACGCCGCGGAACCGGCGGGCUCCAUCCUGACCCUGAGGCCUCCAUCUCGCCCCACUGGCCAUCGGAACAAGCCAUAAACCGAGUUGCUGGGUCACGGGAAGGCUGGGACAGACUGCCAUGGCUGAAAAUAGCAAGAAGAGUUUUGGAGAGAAGGAAGGGGAUCAAGACAAGAAAAAAUGUGUCUUUGGAGAGCAUGAGCAUUCGGAGUUCAAAGACCAGACGACAAAUACACAGCUUGUGAGGUAUUGUGCUCUGUGUGUGUCUGUAGCUCCAUUUACCAGCCAUUCUGCCCUUGCAGUGGGGUGGGCAGGGUUCCCAGCGUCCCCUCACAUGCAGGGUCCCCUUGCAGGCAGGUAUGUGACUGCUUCUCUUUGCAGCCGGCGUGCAUCCCAGAACAGUAUCAAACUGAAAGAGGAGGCUCACUCCAAAUCUCCUCCACCAGCCAGUCACAGCCUUGUCAGGGAGGCCAAAAGGACUAGCUGUGACUGGUGGAGCUCAAAAGAUGAGAAGUUUGUAGAUUUGGAGCCACAGCCUCCAGCAAAGACCAGCCCUGCUGCAGACAGCCAGCCUGUCCCUGCCAGCCAGCUCCUGGCCACAGAGAAGGCAGGAGCUAAAGCUGACCCACUGAAGGAGGAGGAGAACUGUCUGAGUGCUGCCUUGGCUCUCAAGAAAUCUCAAGCACAGGCGAAAGCCCUGGACGCUCCGGGUGAAGAGCUGGACGUCCACACUCCUGCCAGCCAGGUGGAUGCCUCCACAAGAGCACCACAACAGACAACUACCCCACAGGACAAGGCACAGAGCACAGAUGGCUCCAGUCAGCCAGUCCCUCAGCUCAGCACCAUGAAAGAAGCCUCAGUAGAACUGUUGCAGUCUGCAAAGCCAGAUCCCUCCCAAAAGGUCAGAGCCCCAGAUGAAUAUACUGUUAAAUGUGCCAGAGCUUUUCAGCCGACUGAUGGUAGCAAUUUGAGAGCCCGUGACACCUGCUCACAGGCCAGUGAGAAGUCUGUGCUAGAGGAUGAUCUCUUCAACAGACUGGAGGAGGAAUUGGAAUUUCUAGAGAGCGAGGAGGAAAUGGUCUGUCUGGUGCUUUACCUGCCUGACAACAUCCCUGUGUCCCAUCAGGUUAAUGCAGCUGAGUCACAUCUCCAGUCUGCAUCAAGCUGCUUAUUAGCACUGCUCCACAUCCAAGCUCAUGUGUCACAGCUGGAGGGCCAGGUCCGGACACUGGAGAUGGAGCAGGCACAGCUAAGGCAGUUACUGCAGCUUCUCCAGCAGCGGCACCAGGAGGACUUGGAUCUCAUUGCAUGUGCCCACAGGAGCCAUAUGAAGGUAGUGGAGAACAGUGGGCAGCAGGAGGAGCGGCUGCAGCAGGAGGAGCAGCCAGCAGCUCAGCUCCCACUGCAGAGGCAGGACACCGCCCCAGCACAGCAACAUCCCAUGUCCCAGGAGCAGGAAAAGUGUCCCAUGUCCAAGAAGCCGGACAAGCAGCUCAAGGAGCUCCAGGACAGGCUGUGGCAGCAGCAGAGGGACAUGGCGAAGGAGCGGAGCCAAUUCCAGGAGGUGAUUGCAAAACUGGAGGCCAGGCUGAGUGAGCAGACUCAGGUGCUGGAGCAGGAGCGCGGCAAGGCCAUGGUGGAGGAAGCCAAAGCAAAAUCACUGCAGUGUUCACUGGAGAAGCAGCAACAAUUCAUGAAGCAGCAGCUCUCCAUGGAGAGAGAAGAGCUGAAGAGGGUGAAGAACACUUUGCUGGAGGAGCAGAAGUCAAUGCUGCAGAAGUGUUCAGAGGAGCGAGGGAAGCUGGAGGCUGAGUGGGCAGAAUUCCACACCCAAGAGAAGCUGAGGGAGGAGUGGCUGGAGCAGAAGAGGGAGCAGUCCCGGCAGAUAGACUGCACCAGGAUGAGAUUGGCCAAGGAGCAGGAAGAGCUGAGUUUCCAGGGCCAUAGGCUGAGAGCCAAGGAGGAGCAGCUGAGGAGGGACAGGGAGCAGCUAGAUGAAUCCUGGCAUGAGCUGCAGCUAGAGAAGGAGAAGGUGAACAGUAUUACACAGACCAUCCAGAAGCAGAAGAAGGAAAUUAAAAGCAUGAUUCAACGCUCAUCCCAGAAGUAUAGAGUAGGUAAGCGAGCCCUGCGGGAGGCACACCGAAUAGAGUCCCUACAACAGGACAGGCUCCAGGCCAUGCAGAGACAGUUGGAGCAGUUGAGGCAGCAUCAAGAGCUUCUGCACCAGGAUUGGCUGAGCACAAUUCAGCAGAGGAGACAGCUCGAACAGCUGUGCAACUCAGCCCAGAACCUCCGUGCCCCUAUGGAAAGCCUCUCCAGCACACCGUGCAGGAUCCACCCUCAGCAUGGCCUGUGGUAUUGCAGGGACAGCACAGACAGCUCCACUGCACUCUAUGCUACACUGCAGAUGCUGAGACAGAGGGCCCAGAUGGAGCUUGAUUUCUUGGAAGGUGAGCGCGUCUUCCUGGAGUCCCUGAAGAAAGCACCCAACUCCGCAUGAUGCCUGUCCACUGGAGGAGGUGACAUCCCCCAACACGCUACCAAGGGAUAAUGUGCCCUCCAACCUGGGGAGGAAAGUGAACAAUAAAUACUCCAAGUUGUCAGCUUCUUCUCUUUCCAAAUAUUGUCAGAGUGUUCGAUAAUUCACUGCUAAUAAUUCAAUGUUGUACAGCUGGUCCUGAAUGCCAUCCAGAUGAACCUGGACAAGCUUGAGAUGUGGGCCAGAUAAGAUCAUAAGAUUUAGCAAGACCAAAUGGGAGAUGUUACAUCUGGAUUGGGGCAACCCCUGCCCAGCAUCAGUCCAAACUGGGGGAUGAACAGAUUGAGAGCAGCCCUGCUGAGAAGGACUUGGGAGUGCUGGUGGGUGACAGGCUGGACGUGAGCUGGCAGGGUGUGCUUGCAGCCCAGAAAGCCAAAUGUGUCCCAUGUGGGCAGCAGGGUGAGAGAAGGGAUUCUCCCCAUCUACUUUGCCCUUGUGAGACCCCACUCGAAGUACUGCAUCCAGGUCUGGGAUCCUCAGCACAAGAAAGACGUGGACCUGUUGGAGUGAGUCUAGAGGAGGCCACAAAGAUGGAGGAGGCUGGAGCACCUCUGCUGUGAAGACGGGCUGAGAGAGCUGAUGUUGUUCAGCCUGGAGAAGAGAAGGCUUCUGUGAAACCUCAUUAUGGCCUUUCAGUACUUAAAGAGAGAUUAUUAAAAAGAAGGGGGAAUGAUUUUAAACUAAAAUAGGACAGAUUAGAUUAAAUCUUAGGAGGAAAUUAUUUACUGUGAGGGUUCUGAGGCACUGGAACAGGUUACCUGGAGAACUUGUGGGUACUCAUCACUGGAAGUGUUCGAGGCUGGGUUUGUGAUGUUGUGGAAUGUUUCCCUGCCCAUGGGAGAAGGUUUGGAAGUAGAUGAUCUUUAAGGUCCUUUCCAACCCAAGCCUUUCCAUGACUCUAUAAUGAGUAUAAUGUCACUUGUGCCCUUGGCAUUGAAAGUCUGAAAGCAAACUAAAAUGCAGACUUUAGAAGGAUGAGAGCAAUAUUAAAUUGUACUUGCUUAUUUGACUUUUUCGAGUGGUGCAUUUUAUAUCCUGUAAGCUAACGCUUUGACACUGUUCUGUCUUGUCUAGUUAAUACAUAUUGAAGACUAAUAGAUAUGGAUUUUAUGUGCUUUAGUACCUUUCUUAUUGACUGGUGCAAUCAAAUACAUUACUUUCAUUAGUGAUUAUUAUGAAUAAAGGAAUUGUUAAUGUUCA